AUGGCCAACUGCCCACACUGUCCAGAGGUGAAAAUUCCUGUGGCUAGGGCCAAAGCUACCCCCCUCAACCAGCUAGUCCAAGGGCUCACUGCUUGCUGUUUCAGUGGAACUAGCCUGAAGGUGUUUACACUUCACAGGAACCAAACCUCAGUCCUAGGAAUUUUCUUCAGAUAUUCUCUGAUUGUCCCAGGAGGACCACUUCUCAAAGAGAUAAGCAUAUUUUGGGGGAAAUUCCUCGAUUACUUUGUAGAGUCUGUAAUCUUCCAUAUCAUUCCAAAACCUAACAAGAAAGCUGCUGGUGAAAUCAUGCUAACAACAGGAGCUGGAAGUGGCCUGGGAAGGUUAUUGGCCUUAAAAUUUGUCCAUUUUGGAGCGAUUGUAGUUCUCUGGGACAUUAAUCAAGAAAGUCUUGAUGAAACAUGCAGGUUAGCCAAAGAAUACGGUUUUUCAAGAGUGCAUGCCUACAUAUGUGAUUGCAGCAAAAGACAUGAAAUCUGCAAAGUGGCAGAACAGGUUAAAAAAGAAGUUGGUGAUGUUACCAUCCUCAUCAACAAUGCUAGAGUUCUAACAGGAAAACUAUUCCUUGAGACUUCAGAUGACUAUGUGGAAAAAUCUUUUCUUGUCAACACCUUUCCUCAUAUAUGGACUUACAAAGCUUUCUUUCCUGCCAUGAUAGCUUUCAACCAUGGUCACCUGGUCUGUAUUUCAAGUGCAGCUGGACUAAUUGGUUUGAAUGGACUAGGGGAUUAUUGUGCAAGUAAAUUUGCAUCAUUUGGAUUUGCAGAAUCCAUUUAUUUUGAAUUGAGAAAACUAAAGAAACAUGGAAUUCAAACCACCAUUGUCUGCCCAUAUUUCAUCAAAACUGGAAUGUUUGAAGGUUGUUCAACCAAGUAUCCAGACGUAUUACCUCUUCUGAAACCUGAAUUAGUAGCCAAUAAAAUUGUGAGUGCUAUUCUGGAGGAUCAGGUUUAUCUGAUAACCCCAAAAAUGGCAUACAUUGCAGUGCUGUUAAAACAUAUGAUAUCUACAAAAAUGAGUCUGGCCCUUGGGGAUUUCCUUGGAGCUUUCAAUUGCAUGGACACUUUCCAAGGUAGAGGGGAGACAGAUAAAGUCCAGACUGUAGCCAAAGAUGGCUCACCAAUAACUGAAAAUCCAAAUGCAACAACAUAA